CGAAUGCCGUCACAGCUAUUCCCGGGGCAGCAACUGCUUCCCUCUCUAAUCACGUCCCCAUUGGUGGCUUCAGACCCGAAUUUGGGAACCCUUUGCCCUUCCACCUGUUCCCUGAGCAGCCUGAUCUCUUGGAGGCUGCAGUGCCAUUUGGAGCUUUCUGGGCCCUUGGACUCGGGACGGAAUUUUUGCUCCUGAACUCCAGACUUGCCCGGAUGGGUUGCUUUUCCCUGAGAAUGUUUUAGCUUCUUUUUGGUCUGUCCUGUUUUGACUGUAAGAAUCGACAUUUUUGCUUCAGGCUUUCUUACUCUGCUCCAAGAGAGAAGAAACUUCUCCCUUCUUUGAUUUAACCUUCAAGAUUUCAUUCUUUCUCAUUGCUCUUCUAGGCUUUUAAUCUAUCUAGGACAUGGGUAACUCAUUCCACUUUGGGGUCCUUUUAAUUCUACGGAAAGACUUCAGAUCCUCCGGCAGCCAAAAUGGAACACAGUAGACAGAUUCGAAUUUUACUAAUGAACGAAAUGGAAAGACUAGAGAAGACCCUCUUCAGACUUGAACAAGGGUUUGAACUACAGUUCCGAUUAGGCCCGACUUUACAGGGGAAAGCUGUGACUGUGUAUACGAAUUACCCAUUUCCUGGAGAACCAUUUAAUCGAGAAAAAUUCCGUUCGUUGGACUGGGAAAACCCAACAGAAAGAGAAGAUGAUUCCGAUAAAUACUGUAAACUUCACCUGCUGCAGUCUGGCUCUUUUCAGUACUACUUUCUUCAAGGAAAUGAGAAAAGUGGCGGAGGUUACAUAGUCGUGGAUCCUGUUUUACGUGUUGGAGCUGACAAUCACGUGUUACCCUUGGACUGUGUUACUCUCCAGACAUUUUUAGCGAAGUGUUUAGGACCCUUUGAUGAGUGGGAAAGCAGACUAAGGGUUGCAAAGGAGUCAGGCUACAACAUGAUUCACUUCACCCCGCUGCAGACUCUUGGACUUUCUAGGUCAUGCUACUCCCUUGCUGACCAGUUGGAAUUAAAUCCUGACUUUUCAAGGCCUCACAAAAGAUACUCCUGGAAUGAUGUCGGGCAGCUAGUAGAUAAACUGAAAAGAGAGUGGAAUAUUCUGUGUAUUACAGAUGUUGUCUACAAUCAUACAGCUACUAAUAGUAAGUGGAUCCAGGAACAUCCAGAAGCUGCUUAUAAUCUUGUGAAUUCUCCACACUUGAAACCUGCCUGGGUCCUAGACCGAGCAUUUUGGCAUUUCUCCUGUGCUGUGGCAGAUGGGAAGUACAGAGAAAAGGGAGUCCCUGCUGUGAUUGAGAAUGAUCAACACAUGGAUUGCAUUCGGAAAAUAGUCUGGGAGGACAUUUUCCCAAGGAUUCAGCUCUGGGAGUUUUUCCAGGUAGACAUUCACAAAGCAGUUGAGCAGUUUAGGAGACUUCUCACUCAAGAAAACAGGAGAGUAGCUAAGUCUGAUCCAAAGGAACAUCUUAAGAUUAUUCAGGACCCUGAAUACAGACGGCUGGGCUGUGCUGUUGAUAUGAACAUCGCACUGGCGACUUUUAUACCACAUGACAAUGGGCCGGCGGCCGUCGAAGAGUGCUGCGGUUGGUUCCGAAGGAGACUGGAGGAGUUGAACUCCGAGAAGCACCGCCUCAUCAACUGUCAUCAGGAGCAGGCAGUUAAUUGUCUUUUGGGAAACGUGUUUUAUGAACGACUGGCUGGCCAUGGCCCUAAACUAGGACCCAUCACUAGGAAACAUCCUUUAGUUACCAGGUAUUUUACCUUCCCCUUUGAAGAAAUGGCCUUAUCCGCAGAAGAGUCCAUGAUCCACCACCCAGAUAAAGCUUGUUUCCUGAUGGCGCACAAUGGAUGGGUCAUGGGCGAUGAUCCCCUUCGCAAUUUUGCUGAGCCAGGUUCAGACGUCUAUUUAAGGAGAGAACUUAUUUGCUGGGGUGACAGUGUUAAAUUGCGCUAUGGGAAUAAACCAGAGGACUGUCCCUAUCUGUGGGCGCACAUGAAGAAAUACACUGAGAUAACUGCUACGUAUUUCCAGGGAGUGCGUCUUGACAACUGCCACUCCACUCCUCUUCACGUGGCUGAGUACAUGCUGGAUGCUGCUAGAAAAUUACAACCCAAUCUUUAUGUAGUGGCUGAGCUGUUCACAGGAAGCGAAGAGCUGGACAAUAUCUUUGUGACUAGACUGGGCAUCAGCUCCUUAAUAAGAGAGGCAAUGAGUGCAUAUAACAGCCAUGAAGAGGGCAGAUUAGUUUACCGAUACGGAGGGGAGCCUGUUGGAUCCUUUGUUCAGCCCUGUCUGAGGCCUUUGAUGCCAGCUAUUGCACAUGCCCUGUUCAUGGACAUCACCCACGAUAAUGAGUGCCCGAUUGUGCACCGGUCAGCCUACGAUGCUCUUCCAAGUACCACGAUUGUCUCCAUGGCAUGUUGUGCUAGUGGCAGCACAAGAGGCUAUGAUGAGCUGGUGCCUCAUCAGAUUUCAGUGGUCGCAGAAGAGAGAUUUUACACUAAGUGGAAUCCUGGGGCGUCACCAUCAAAUACAGGAGACGUUAAUGUCCAGAGUGGGAUUAUUGCAGCCCGAUGUGCCAUCAAUAGACUCCAUCAGGAGCUGGGAGCAAAGGGUUUCAUUCAAGUGUACGUGGACCAGGUGGAUGAAGACGUCGUGGCGGUGACAAGGCACUCGCCCAGCAGCCAUCAGUCGGUCGUAGCUGUGUCCAGGACUGCUUUCAGGAACCCCAAGACUUCGUUUUACAGCAAAGAAGUGCCCCAGAUGUGCAUCCCUGGCAAAAUUGAAGAAGUAGUUCUUGAAGCUAGAACUAUUGAGAGGAAUACAAAACCUUAUAAAAAAGAUGAGAAUUCAAUCAAUGGAAUGCCAAAUAUGACAGUGGAACUUAAAGAGCAUAUCCAGCUUCAUGAAAGCAAAAUUGUCAAACAAGCUGGCGUUGCCACAAAGGGUCCCAAUGAAUAUAUUCAGGAAAUAGAAUUUGAAAAUCUGUCUCCAGGAAGUGUUAUCAUAUUCAGAGUAAGUCUUGAUCCACAUGCUCAAGUCGCUGUUGGAAUUCUUCGAAAUCACCUGACCCAGUUCAGCCCUCACUUUAAAUCUGGAAGCCUUGCUGUUGGCAACUCAGAUCCUAUAUUAAAAAUCCCCUUCGCUUCCAUUGCCUCUAAAUUGACUUUGGCUGAGCUAAAUCAGGUACUUUACCGAUGUGAAUCAGAAGAACAAGAAGAUGGUGGAGGCUGUUAUGACAUACCAAACUGGUCAUCCCUUAAGUAUGCAGGUCUUCAAGGAUUAAUGUCCGUGUUGGCAGAAAUAAGACCAAAGAAUGACUUGGGGCAUCCAUUCUGUGAAAAUUUGAGGUCUGGAGAUUGGAUGAUUGACUAUGUUAGUGGCCGGCUUAUUUCACGAUCAGGACAUAUUGCUGAAGUUGGUAAAUGGUUGCAGGCUAUGUUCUUCUACCUGAAGCAGAUCCCACGAUACCUUAUCCCCUGUUACUUUGAUGCUAUAUUAAUUGGCGCAUACACCACUCUGCUGGAUGUAGCAUGGAAGCAGAUGUCAAGCUUCGUCCAGAACGGUUCAACCUUCGUGAAACACCUUUCACUGGGCUCCGUCCAGAUGUGCGGAGUGGGAAAGUGCUCUAGUCUGCCUCUUCUUUCUCCCUCGCUCCUGGAUGUGCCCUACAGGCUAAAUGAGAUCACAAAGGAGAAGGAGCAGUGCUGUGUCUCCUUGGCUGCAGGCUUGCCCCACUUCUCUUCUGGUCUAUUCCGCUGCUGGGGGAGGGAUACUUUCAUUGCACUCCGGGGAAUGCUGCUGGUCACUGGACGCUACUUAGAAGCCCGGAAUAUUAUUUUAGCAUUUGCUGGUACCCUGAGGCAUGGCCUCAUUCCUAACCUCCUGGGUGAAGGAACUUACGCCAGGUACAACUGUCGGGAUGCCGUAUGGUGGUGGCUGCAGUGUAUUCAGGACUAUUGUAAGAUGGUUCCAAAUGGUCUAGACAUCCUCAAAUGUCCAGUUUCUAGAAUGUAUCCCACGGACGAUUCUGCACCUUUGCCUGCUGGUACACUGGAUCAGCCAUUGUUUGAAGUAAUACAGGAAGCUAUGCAAAGGCAUAUGCAGGGCCUUCAGUUCCGAGAGAGGAAUGCCGGCCCCCAGAUAGAUCGGAACAUGAAGGACGAGGGUUUCAAUAUAACUAUAGGGGUUGAUGAAGAAACGGGAUUUGUCUAUGGAGGGAAUCGCUUCAACUGUGGCACAUGGAUGGAUAAGAUGGGAGAGAGCGACCAGGCUAGGAACAGAGGAAUCCCAGCCACCCCGAGAGAUGGAUCUGCUGUGGAAAUCGUUGGCAUGUGCAAAUCUGCUGUUCGUUGGUUGCUGGAAUUGUCCAAGAAAAAUAUCUUCCCUUACCAUGAAGUCAGCGUGAGAAGGCAUGGAAAAGUUGUAACAGUUUCAUAUGAUGAGUGGAACAGAAAAAUACAGAACAACUUUGAAAAGCUGUUUCAUGUUUCUGAAGACCCUUCAGAUCCUAAUGAGAAGCAUCCGAAUCUGGUUCACAAGCGCGGCAUCUACAAGGAUAGCUAUGGAGCGUCAAGUCCUUGGUGUGACUAUCAACUCAGGCCUAAUUUUACCAUAGCAAUGGUUGUGGCCCCUGAACUGUUUACUGCAGAAAAAGCUUGGAAAGCCUUGGAAAUUGCAGAAAAAAAAUUGCUUGGUCCCCUUGGCAUGAAAACUUUAGAUCCAGAUGAUAUGGUUUACUGUGGAGUUUAUGAUAAUGCCUUAGACAAUGACAACUACAAUCUUGCUAGAGGUUUCAAUUACCACCAAGGACCUGAGUGGCUAUGGCCUAUUGGGUAUUUUCUUCGUGCAAAGUUGUAUUUUUCCAAACUGAUGGGCCCAGAGACUGCUGCGAAGACUGUAGUUUUGGUUAAAAAUGUCCUUUCCAGACAUUAUGUUCAUCUUGAGAGAUCCCCAUGGAAAGGACUUCCAGAACUCACCAAUGAGAAUGGCCAGUACUGUCCUUUCAGUUGUGAGACACAAGCGUGGUCAAUGGCUGCUGUUCUUGAGACCAUCUAUGAUCUCUAGGUGUCUCAUAGACACUAAGUGUGUGAGCACUGACAUCAUUGAAUGCAAAGUCAUAAUGAAAUGUAAGUGCCACUCAUUUUAAAAAUCUCAUUCAUAGCCAGGCAGUGGUGGCGCACGCCUUUAAUCCCAGCACUUGGGAGGCAGAGGCAGGCAGGUCUCUGUGAGUUCA